AUGGGUUAAUGUUAAAUGCGUAAUGAAAGGUAGUUGAUAUGAUUGAUUUCAGGAUAUUAAUACGUUGUUAUACUUGGAAUAAUGAGUCUAGUGAUCUCUUUGAUUAUGAAAGUAUUAACAAUGAAAAAUAAUAAUUUACAAUCCAAAAUUAAGAUUCAUACAUAAUUAGUGAUAAAGAGACACUUUAAUUAAUAAAUGAAAUACCUAAGGAGAAUAGGUACUAAUGAUCAUUUAUAUGUAGUGAAGUUAUAUUGUAUAUAACAGCUAAAAAUACUGUUGUUGCUGGAACAUAGUAACAAUAAGGAAAUUCAACAGCCUUGACAAAUACUAAAUUUCCAUUCAAACUAAAAAAAAAUUGGUUAACAGUAAGAUCUGUUAAUAAAUAUCCAUUAAAUGUAAAUGACAUUUUUAGGCUUGGAAAAAUGACUUUUAGAAUUUCUAGUCUUAGUUUUACUACACAAAAUGAACAUGAAUUUUCUAACCGUAGUAAAGCAGAUUCUAAUGAAUAAUGUCGAAUAUGUCUAGGAAAUGCAUAAAGUUCUAAUCCUUUAUUGAAUCCAUGCAAAUGUAGUGGAUCUUUAAAGUAUAUUCAUUUAGAAUGCAUGAAAAGAUGGUAUACUUGAAUAAGACUUAGGCUCAAAGAACUUACAUCAUCAUCUAGAUCAUCUGAGAAAAGUGAAACAUAUCUAUGGAAAUUAUUAAAAUGUGAAAUCUGUUAAGAACCAUAUAAGGUAAUAUUUUAAAGUGAUGGAGUAACAUAUCAUAUGCUAGACCUUUUAAAACCUAGAUAUCCAUUUGUUAUGUUAGAAUUUUAUUCAAAAAAGAAGGAAACUUAAGUUUAGUAAAUUAAUUUAGGAGAUCGUUUCACAUCAAAAUCAGAUGGUGUAAUUGUUAUUAGUUUAGGAGAAAGGAUGAGUUUAGGAAGAGCUAAAGAAAAUUGGGUUAAAUUGUGCGAAGCUAGUGUUAGUAGAUUUCAUGCAACUUUAUAAAUAGAGAAAGUUUAAUAAUAGGAUUCUCUAUUUUUGUUUGAUAAUAAUUCUAAAUUUGGGACAUUAGUCUAAAUCAAAGAAGAUUUGUAAAUUUAUCAAGAACUCGAAAUAUAAGUUGGCAAAUCUUUAUUUAAAUUGUAAGCAAAUAAUAUCAUUUGUUGA